AAAUGUCUUUACCUAGUAAGUAAGUACAGUGAGUUUGUAAAUAAGUGUGUGUACCUAAAUAAUUACAGUAACUCUGUAAAUAAGUGCAUGCACCUAAGUAAGUACAGUAACUCUGUAAAUAAGUGUAUGUAACUAAUUAAGUACAGUAACUCUAUAUAAAUAAUUACAUGCACCUAAGUAAGUACAGUAACUCUGUAAAUAAGUAUGUGUACAUAAGUAAGUAUUGUAACUCUGUAAAUAAGUGUAUGUACCUAAGUAAAUACAGUAACUCUGUAAAUAAGUGUGUGUACCUAAGUAAGUACGGUGACUCUGUAAAUAAGUGUGUGUACCUACGUAAGUACAGUGACUCUGUAAAUAAGUGUAUGUACCUAAGUAAGUACAGUAAAUCUGUAAAUAGUCACUUUGUUAAUAACUGUAUGCAGUUGAUAAUGGCAUAUUUAUACAUAGAUAUGGGAAGUUGAUGAUGGAGAAGCUGAUCAUUACGUUUGUCAUACAGUUGAUGUAAAUACAUCGCAAUAGAUUACUUUAAAUCACUACUAAUUGUAUUGCUAGACUUGAUGUUAACAUAUCGUAAUGGCCUACAUCUUUACAGUUACUCCCCUUACACCGGGAGUUCUGGGCACGCUGACGAUUACGGUCCUCAGCUUUAAAUAAAUAGUACUAACAAAUGGUGUAUAGUAAAACUUACGUUACCAAAUUCUUUAUUAUGCUGCGUUUUAACAGGUUGUAAUAUAUCUAUGACAAAAACAAAGUUUAAUUACUCAGAUUUUAUGGAGAAAACGUUUUAGAAAAUGCGCUUCGUCAAUUUGUAAAAUUGGGGAUGGGGGUGUUAAAGGUUUAUUUGACUAUUAUUUCUGUUGAAAUUAUGCAAUUAAUACUGAUGAUUUCAGUAUAGGGAUUUUCUCCGUGACGUCAGAAAUCAGUCACGUGAAUUACUGGUUGGCAAAACAUUUGAAAGUUUAAUGGCCGAAUGCUGAGUAAACACGAGCAAAACGAUGGUUGUAUCAUGUUGUGUAAUAGGCUGUGCUAAUCGAUUUGAUAAGAGUAGUCCGAAAAGCUUUUACCGCAUACCCAAGAAGCCAGAAUCAAGAAGAGAGCUCUGGAUAUCUGCAAUUAAGCGUCAACACAUCAGUGGUAAACCAUGGGAACCAGCGGACCACGACCGUGUUUGUUAUCUGCAUUUUGUUACUGGUAUGUACAAUAUAUACAUUCAUUUGGAAGUAAACAGACACAUAUAUGUACAGGUUAGAUGUGUAUUCAUACGAGAAUGUUAAGACCAAGCACCGGGAGUUGGGGGGGUGGGUUGACAAGUAAACAGAGAGAACGGAUUUUACCCGAUCAUUAAAAUCUGGAAUUGUGAGAAGGAUGGGGUGGAGUAUUUAUCAACUCAAUCUGCCUAAAACCCCAUAUCAUUUGAAUUGUUAAGUGGGGAGCAUCAAGCAGCACUGAUGUUUACAUGAGUUCAAUAUUCAUAACUGUUAAAAUCUUACAUUCUUCUCAUCUAGUCCUAAUACAGCUGUAUUAUGUCAUACUAUCAACAUUAGGGGGAUUUAUCCAAUAUACCUUAUAUCUUUAUUUACGUAUAAAAUAAAAGAUGAUCAAUGUCACUCACAUAGGGGGGGGGGGGGGGGGGGGGGCUAAAUUGUACUCAAUGAAGAUUCAAUUGGGAACAACUCAUACUUGUAAAAAGAAAUGCAUAAAUGAUUAAUUAUAAUCUUAAUUUCAGGUUCGAAGAGCAAUGAUCUGUCAUCUCCUGAUUAUGUGCCAUCUGUGAAUAUGGGAUAUGACACAAUCAGACAGAAAAAUCCAGACCUACGAAAGUCAAGAUACUUGAGAGCAGAAAAGCGUGAAACAGAGAGACAACAUAUUGAAGUAGCUUCUGCCCUUUUGGAUUUAUCCUGCAAGGAAAAUCUCAACAUGCCAGUAUCAGAUCCAGAUCUACCCAGUGACUGUCCAUCAAAUGCAUCUCAGCAUGACAAUUGUCUGAAGAAAAUUGCUGAACUUCUCCUGGAAAAUAAACAACUUUAUUGUGAAUUAGAAAGACUUCAGGUGGAGAACAAAGCACUCACAGAACAGGUGGGAAAGAGUUGCUUUGAGGAGCAAGUGACAGGGAGUGACCGCAGGCUGCAAUUUCACACAGGAAUUCCGUCAGUUACUUUAUUUAUGUGGCUACUUUCAUAUGUGAACAGUGACCUGCCUACAAGCAAAGUGAUGUCAGCUAAAAGUGUUCUAUUGUGCAUUUUAAUGAAGCUUAGACUAAACCUACAACACCAGGACUUGGCUUAUCGUUUUAAUGUGUCGUUGACUACAAUUUCAGAUAUGUUCAAUUUAAGUCUACCCAUUAUAGCAAAGAAACUGUGUUUUCUGAUUCAGUGGCCAGAAAAACAAACAUUGAUCCAAAAUAUGCCCUUUGUGUUCAAAUCUUCAUAUCCGAAGUGCUGUAGUAUCAUUGACUGCUUCGAAGUCUUUAUUCAGCGACCAGGACACCUUACAACAAGAUCACAAACAUGGUCCAAUUACAAACAUAGCAACACCAUAAAGUUUUUAGUGUCUAUUACACCAACAGGUGCUAUAUCAUAUGUUUCAAGAGCAUUUGGUGGAAGGACAUCAGACAAAGUCAUUACGUUGCGAAGUGGAUAUCUUGACAAACUCCAGUAUGGUGACCAAGUGAUGGCAGACAGGGGCUUUUUGAUAGCGGAGGAAUUAGCAUAUCAUGGAGCAACCCUUGUGAUUCCUGCCUUUACCAGAGGGAAAACUCAGCUCUCGGCAAGAGAUGUUGAACAAACACGGAAAAUUGCACAUGUAAGGAUACAUGUAGAGAGAGUCAUUGAGAGGAUCAAGAAUUUCAAUAUUCUGAGCACUAACUUGAGUAUGCACAUGGUCCCUCAUGCUGACAGUAUUUUAACUAUUUGUGCUGCAGUAUGCAAUCUUCAACCAAAAUUAGUGGCAUAAUGUAUCAACUUAGAAGACUAAUAUUAUAUUGUCUAGAUGUAAAUUGAAAUUUCCUUCUGCAUUGACUUUUUUAUUUAAACAUUGGGAGUGAAGAAUUGUACUUCAAAGUUGGAAAUGAACUUUCAGACAUCUGUAUGAUCAAUUCUGUUGCAUUACAACCCUUUUAUUUAAAGUUGUGAUUUAUUCCACUUAUUAAACCAUUAAAAUAUUGAUUUA